AUGAGCAUUGGAUGCGACUCAUCGAUGGCUCCUGGCAGCCGACCCCCUCCGAUCACCAUCCUCCCCGACAUCUUACCCAGCGUAGAGCUGCCCUCGUCUCCCGACCAGACCAGCAGCCCGGCCGCAGCACCCGGAGCCGGCCACAGGAGUAACAACAGCGCGCCGCUUCUGCGCUUCCCCGACGAUCACCUGGGGCAUGACUCUUGCGAACGCCUAGACGAGCCCUUCUAUGACCCGAACCGUCUCUCGCCUGUAGCGCCGACCUUUGCCCUUCCUCACAGUCCCGGCCUGCUGUCACCGACACUCUCGCCUGCAAUGGCCGCGCAUUCCUCAACCGCCGCCAAUGGCGGUUUCAACAAGGAGAACACGCCGCCGAUCGAGAUACCAGGCGCGAACCACAACCCCUUCAAUUUCCAGACCCAAGUCAUAUCUACGUCUCCAGUCAAGCCAAACGUAGGCCAGCGCCGCGGCCACAGAUACAAGCACAGUUCCAUAUCGGCACAGCAUCAGAUCUUUCAAGAGCCGCCGCCCAGGCCGCCAUUGGCUCUACCCCGCGACCUCCCUAUACCCACCUUGAAGGAGGCGUGGAAGUCCAUGUCCACUGACCAGCGCCGGCGCCUGUACUGGUGCUGCUGUCAUCUUCUCGUGGCAUGCACCGUCUUCCUGUCAGCCCACGGCUCGCUUGCCAUGACUGCCCUCUCGCACUUGGUCUUCUUCGAUGUCGGGAGCGCAUUGAUAUGUGUGGCCGUGGAUGUCUUGGGCAACUUCGAGGUCUGGAAGCGGAGCAGUAUUCGCCACCCUUUUGGUCUUGAGCGCGCCGAGGUCUUGGCUGGCUUUGCCACCAGUGUCUUCCUGAUAUUCGGCGGCUUCGACCUGGUGAGCCACAACCUCAAGCAUGUGCUCGAGGGAUUGGGCGGGCAUGAGUCGCAUCAUCCCGAACCACACAGUCAUGGGCCGCGCGUUCAGUCGGGCCAUUUGGAUAUCACGAGCUUGACUGCCAUCAUCGCUACGCUUGUGAGUGCCUACGGCCUGCGAAACCAUGGGCGAAUUAGCAAAAUCAUGCGUGUCAGUUAUCUGGCCAGCCUGCCGAGCAUCCUGUCGAACCCGUUCCAUUUUCUGACCUUGUCGACAUCGUUCCUGAUGUUGCUACUGCCGCUCCUCUCGAUUCCGAUCCCAGUGUGGCUGGACAGCUCCGUAUGUGGUCUAGUUGCCGUCUCCAUGUUUGGCCUGGGCUCGCGGCUUGCUAUUGCCCAAGGGCUGAUGCUGCUGAUGUCGUAUGGCGGGCGAUCUGGCUCCUCGGGCAAGAACAAGGAUGUCGGAGUGGCGGACGUGGUGAGCGAGAUUGAAGCCGAGCCGAGCGUCGAGCGCGUAGAGGAGGCGCAAUUCUGGCAGGUUCACUAUGGACUAUGCAUGGCAAACCUGAAAUUGUGCGUGUCGAAGGGUUGUGAUGAUAGCGCUUUGAGUAAGCUACGAACACGCAUCUCUACACUGGUACAAAAUCGUUUAGGGGAGGGUUACGGCAAAGGGAACAGUCUGCGGUGGGAAGUCAGUCUGCAAACAAGGACAGACUCCAAGUAG